CUCCGGUCGCUCUCCCGCCUCCGGGUGGCCGCGGGCUCGGGCUCGGCGCCCGGACGACGGCGCGGCGACCGCCAUGGGCAACAAGCAGACCAUCUUCACGGAGGAGCAGCUGGACAACUACCAGGACUGCACCUUCUUCAAUAAGAAGGACAUCCUCAAGGCCCCCGCCUCUGGAGAGGCCGCACUGCGGCUGCUCGUCCUCCGCGGCCCGUGCCCACUCCUGCCCUGGCAGCGAAAGCUGGUCUCCGCCGCCCGGCGGCCCCUUCUUCACCUCUGGUUGCACGCACGGUUCUACGAGCUGGCCCCCAACCUCGUCCCCAUGGACUAUAGGAAGAGCCCCGUCGUCCACGUGCCCAUGAGCCUCAUCAUCCAGAUGCCAGAGCUCCGGGAGAACCCCUUCAAGGAAAGGAUCGUAGAGGCUUUUUCAGAGGAUGGCGAGGGCAACCUCACCUUCAACGACUUUGUGGACAUGUUCUCCGUGCUCUGUGAGUCGGCUCCCCGUGAGCUCAAGGCAAACUAUGCCUUCAAGAUCUACGACUUCAACACAGACAACUUCAUCUGCAAGGAGGACCUAACGCGGACGCUGGCCCGGCUCACCAAGUCUGAGCUGGACGAGGACGAGGUGGUGCUCGUGUGCGACAAGGUCAUCGAGGAGGCCGACCUGGACGGGGACGGCAAGCUGGGCUUCGCCGACUUUGAGGACAUGAUCGCCAAGGCCCCCGACUUCCUCAGCACCUUCCACAUCCGGAUCUGAGGACACUGCUGAGGGUGCGGGGCCCAGAAGCUGACCCUCUGGCUCUGCUGUCUACACGAGUGACCUCCAAGCUGCCCGGAAAAGACGCUGUGGCCUCUGGGGUCAUACCAACAUUUCCUUGG